AUGCACGCAUACUGCCAUGAGUGGGCAUGUCAGCUCGAAUACAACCCUCAGAUGAGCACUGGCCUUGGUCUAUCUGACAGUGAGGGUACAGAGAGACUUUGGUCCAGGUUUGUCAAGUUGAUUGGAAUUCAAUGUUCAUCAUCGCGACAAAGGCACCUUUGGUUGAUAGACCGAAAAGCUUGUGCCAUUGGUCUGGAGAUGCAAGUAGAUCUCAGUGAUUGGAUCAAAUGGAGGCUCAAACGAGGUGUUAAUGCUCAGGGCACAGCAGCCAAAGAAGUGCUGACACAAUGCAGCAUCAAAGCUGAUGACCUUCAGACUCAGUAUGCUUCUGAUAAAGCCUUGCAAGCCACACGCACUGUGAUAGAGAAGGGUUCAGUUACUGAGGAGACACUAGAUGCUCUGGAGAGCCUCGAGCACAGCCAUGACAAAUUGAUGAACAAGGUCAAAGUAUUGUAUUCCUCCCUAAAUGUCCAUGACAGGUUUCCGGAGCUGCAAGGUGUCAACUUAGAUUUUGUUUGA